GCGGUGCCGCGCGGCCAUGGCGGGGCGGGAGGGCCCCGGGAGCCCCGCGCGGCCGCCGGGCGGGCGGAAGAUGUCCCUGCAGAGAUGUGAAACGUGUAGCGAAGAGGAAGCGAAGUACAGGUGUCCACGAUGCAUGAAAUACUCGUGCAGUCUGUUGUGUGUAAAGAAGCAUAAGCUUGCACUGAGCUGUAACGGAGUCAGGGAUAAAACAGCGUUUGUCUCUGUAAAUGAAUUUACUGACUUGAACCUUUUGAGUGAUUACCGUUUCCUGGAAGAUGUAGGAAGGACAGCUGAUGCUGCUGCUCGACAUCCUACUGUGCAUAGUCCGUCAACAAAAAAACUUUUAUAUUGCUUGAGAAACAGAGCUCGAAGGUGUGGUAUUGACCUGAGGACACUGCCCAUUGGAUUCACAAAAAGAAGAGAAAAUUCAACCACUUUCAAUUGCAUGGAGAAGAAGUUCUACUGGCAUUUGAAGCUCGUAUUUCCUCAUUGUCAUGCUGAAUACACCUUAAAAGGGGUGCCUGAUGAUAAAACACUUGCUGAUAUCCUUAAGCCGUACAUUGACCCAGUGGAGUCAGAUCCUGUAGUUUGUCAAAGAUUAAAAAUCUAUACAAUGUCUCCUCAGUCAGAUGUACGAAUUUUAAUGAAAAUAGAAAACAGGAAGCAAAACUCUGUCAGGUACAAUGAACUGGAUGUCAGUAGAAGCCUUCUAGACAAUUUGAAAGGCAAAAUAAUAAUUGAGUAUCCGACGUUAUUUGUGGUCUUGAAAACACUGAAGAAUGACAUGGUGGUUCUUGGCCAAGAUGCCAGUGAAGCUGCAGAGAACUCGGACAAUGAAACUUCAUCCCUUUCAUCUAUGGAAGAAGGGGAAAUUCGGGACAGUACAUGAUGGUUUUUUGAGAGAACAGGGUGGAAUGAGCCUUUCAUAUGUAUUUUUGUUUAAUUUAAUUUAAUCUUUUUUUAAACAACUGAGUUCUCAGGGGUUUGGUUUAGCUUCAGUCACUGAAGGCACCACUUCCUAACUGCCUGCCUAUUUUUUAAUUUAGGAAUGCAUGUUUAGGGAUGUAAAUGAAGAGAUGAGGAAUUGCUGAUUCCAGAAGAAAUCUUGUAUUCUUAUUUAAUUGCACCCUUUUUUCCAUGUAUCUUUAACAAAUCAGAGUAACCCAAAUUUAAAGUUUCCAAGUUAGUUUCAACAAUACAUGUUUUCUUUUACCCUAACAGCUCAGUGUCUGAUUUCUGAGUUUAAGUAUUUUAUAUGUAUUUGUAUGUGGAUUUGAGUCUUAAUGCUUAAACCUACUGAAAAAAGAUGCACUACAUUAAUUUUUUUUCAGAGUGAUUUUUUUGUUGUUGUUUAUUUUAUCAUGCUGAGCUGCUGCAAAUUAUCUUACUUUACUUUGACUUGAAUCUUCUGUUGUGACACUUUGGGUGCCUGAUGCAAUACAUAUUUUUUUUUUCUUACUUGGUUUCACCUUGUUUAAUGUCUCAAGGCUAGGGUGCCAUGUUGCAUGGGUUUUUAAGUCAGUAGAGAUGGAUACAAGCUUGUCACCAGGGUUAAUAUAUUGGACUUCUAAACAAUGCUUGUAUUAUGCAUCUCAUUACUAGUUUACUGAAGAAAGGUGGUGUAAAUAUUUACUGGAGUAUCAACUAAACUUGCCUACUUAAAAACAAAUCUUAAAAAAAGUCCUGUACUGUAUCAUCUGCUGGCCAUAGAAAUCUUUUGUUAACUUCUGAGAACAUUUCUAGAUCCCAGACCACUUACCACUGUAUCUAAGUCCCUCGUGUCUGUGGGGUCUGUUGGAGAUGAGAGCAGCAGGAGCCAGCUCAGCCUCUCAGCACACUUGCACUCAUGAUUCAGCACCAGCGUUUGGGGCUGGUUUGCAGAGAUCCAGCUAAGUCAGCAUUUGUAACAUCUUACGGGCAUGGUCAUUUUGUAACCAGCUCUGUGAGGUUGUUGCUGCCAUCAUUGUUACCCCAAUUUUUUAGUGUCUCCUGCUUGAGACUAGCACCUUUGUGAGAAAAGAAAAGAUGGUGGCAUGGGAUGCACACUAAACUGCCAUGAAGGUGUUUUUUCAGUCAUGUGUUCUUCCUGCCAGUGCUGACAUGGGUAGAAGGACAACAGAAAGCAAGGAGAGGAGGAACUUGUUGAGAUAAUAGGAGCAAUAUAGGAGAGCUUGAGCCUCUGGACUCAGUCCAGGCCUCAGGUCACCAAGCUGUCAGUUCCUUACCAGUCAUGUUGCGAGGAAGGGGUUUUUGAGAUGUUCAGAGUUUUAGAAGUGGGUUUUUUUCACACUUUUGCAAACAAAAUGUCAUUAAAAAUUUUCAUUGACACAUCUAGCUGCUCAGAUUUUGAAAGAAUGUCAGACCUUUGUAGUCACAUACUACUUUUUCUCACAGUGGGAUCACGUGUCUUUUCCCUUGUGUGUUUUGCAACCCUGGCAAAACAGGGAAGUUUUGCUUCUUGCGUGGCAGUAGCCACUCGUGCUCUGUUUUCUUUAUUAGUCAUUGUUGGUCCUUUGCCCACCUCUUGGUUCAGUGUUUGGGGUUUUUUUAACCCUUUUUAAAGGAGCAGGAUUCCUAACUAUAGGUGCUGCUUUCAUAUUUUUUCAGUUCAGUGAAAGUGAAUAAGCUUUUCCUAAUCAGUGAUUACUGCACGCUGACUUGGUAGCCACAAAUUACUUCAGUCUUGAACCCAUUCAUAACAACAUCGAUAAAAGAGCAGAACAGCAAAACUGCCACAGUUCAUUUGCCAGAAAAUGUUUCAUCCGGAGUAAAAGCGUGGCAUUUCUGUUAAGAUUCAUAGCACACAGUGGAAAUUAGAGUCCUGCAAAUAUUAGUGUAGAUCUGCAUGUGUGCCUGAUUAGUGUUUGGCUCAGGAACUCAGACUUGUAAUUUGCAUUACUUUCCUACGCUCUUGGAGGCUUUCAUUAAUUGUAUGAAAGGGUUUGCCUGCCUUGGUUUUAUUUUCUUGCGUAAAUACACUUUAAGCAUCCUGGUGAGUCAAAUGCAACCAUAAUUUGUUUUAAACUGAAGAUUCUGUUAAAUCUAUCUUUCAGAUUUAAAUUCUUUCCUACCUUAAAGAAGGUUUUAAAAAAUCAUUAAGGGGCAUUCCUGUGGUGAUUAUUAAAAUAAAAAUGUCCCAAACAAAGCUGGGAAUCAUCUUCCAGAGUUCAGUAAGAUUGAUAGUAAAAGGCCUUGGUAACAUUUGCCAUUCAUUCCCAGGUUACUGUGUACCUUUUUUUAUUUUAUACCGAUAAUGGAUACACUGGUUUGAACAGUGGUGAUGCAUCAAAUACAAGCCAAGAUGAAAUUCAAACAUUCACUUUUGCUAAAAUUUAAUUUUGGUUUAUAAAAAUGAAUCGAAAUUACAAUCUCUGGCUAAAAGCACAGCCUUACUGAUGGCAGGUGAGCAGUGCAGGUCCUGCAGCAGUGAUAAUUAUUCAUAAUAGUAAGAUUAUGGAUUUAUUCAUAGUUUUUGCACUCUCUGGCUAGGCUGAUGUUUUUAAAUGUGUUCACAGGCAGUUCGAGUUUUAAUUCCUUUUUAAUUCCUUUCUGAGUGGCUCAACCCAGAACAAGCAUCUUGUAAUAAACUGAAGAGAGGAAAUGCAUCUUUAAAAGCUGUAUUUUAAAAUUUCUGGUCUAGCACUUGAAACUGUUGCAAUCAUGUUAUACAAGGAUCCCUGCAGGACUUGGUUCAGCACAGAUGAUGUCUGUGAAUGAAAACUGUGAUACAGUUUUUAUCUUCAUCAUUCAACACCAGCUUGAUUUUAUGCCUAUUAUGCUUACUCAUUUAUUUUCUCUAUGAACGGCUUGGCAGAAGGAACAAGCAAUUUGUGUGUGCUGUUGUUAUGGCAUUUCUUUCAGUGUUUAGACUUUGCAUGUUUCAAACCAUGAACCCUCACAGCAUGCUUGAGCUGAAGGACCAGCAGCUUACAAAGCAGAGAGUCAAGGCACUUGUCCCAAAUGGACAUGCUACUUAAAAAAAUUAAAAGUUUAAUGAAGUCAUCCCUUUCACAAGCUGUAAAGGACAAAAAUAGAGCAUAGCUAAGAGCAUAGCAAUAGCUGAGAGGUAGGACUGAGUCACAUGAAAGAACUUGGUUCUUUUCCUUUUUUGUAUAACUUCCUGGGAGUAUGAGGCGUAAGUUACUGAGUUGUCAUGGGUAAACAGCAUUACACCCCCUGUCAGUGUGACAGCUAAGUUUUGAAUUAAAACAUCUGAAUUCCAGCUUUUACUAUACUUAUUCCCACGUCAGAAAUUGUUGCUCUGUAGAGGAGAGGAGAGUCAAGCUGCAAAACGUCUGCUUAGUGCUAGGUGCCAGAGGCACACAGGACCAGUUUUUGUGACUCAAGUUGAACAGUGCAGUUUACUUAGCAUUCAGAGUAAAACUGUUUACAGUGCAGAACACUGAUUCUAGUCUUAAAAAGUCCGUAAAUGUCUGUAGUGCUGAUAGAAAGUCCAACCCCUGUGUUGUGUAUAAGCGGAGCUGUGACUCAGCCGCCGCCCUGAUCCAGCUGUUCUCUAUUGACAUCUGUAGGCGCUGAGAAUGUAUAACACCUUGCAAGAGCCAGGGCUCAAAGAGUAAACAUACAGCUGUGAUGAUGUAACUUCAGGCCAUAUUCGGUCACAAACAUUUCAUUCUGUUUCCUUAAGUCCCACGCUCUUUUCCUGAAAACAUUUAUUCUUCCUCCAUCCAAAGGAAAAAGUAUCUUGGAUUUGUGUUUAUGUUGUUGCUAUGGCAUUCAGUUAAACUGGAUGCAGAUGCACGUUCCGUUAAUAAGAGGAAAAAAAAAAAAAUGAACUGUGUACUUCAGUGAACAAAGAUUACCCUGUGUUUGUGUUAAAAUGUUGCUAUGGCAGUGCAUAUGGUUUUAUUUGGUAGAAAUUUGUGGUGAAAUGGAAGGAAGUCACGUGUAGGCAAGACAAGAAAUGGCAGCAAAAACAACUAAAUAAAUACUGAAACUGAAAGGAAAUUUGCAGAUGACAUGUGAAACUAGGAAAAAACAAGGAUAGUUGUUUUGCUGCCUGUAAUUUGAUAAGAGAAAUGGGUUCCCACUGUGUCCUGGCAGAUCUCUGUGACCUGUCGGACAAUGACUUGCCCUCUAAUGAUGCUUUAAUGUGAGAGCCUCUUUUCACUUGUUGGCUCUGUGCAUUGCAACAUUGUUUUGUUUUGGAAGCAAAGUUCUGCUGGCUUGGCCUGAUUUCACCACUGCUAACUUUUCUUGCCGAAAGCAUUUCCAGGCUAUCUUUUUGUAGUAGGCUUUUUGGCAGGAAAAAUCAAUACAGUGGUAAAAUAUGAAAAGCCAGUAGAGCCUUCCCUACCUUUGGGGCAAGAAGUCUUUGUGGAUUUACUGGCACCUACUAGUGACAGAAACCAUGGAUUAUUAUUGUAACUACUGGCACAGUAGUCCUUGAAUUUAUCUAAUCCUUUUGCAUUAGGCUUCUUUUUGUAUCAGUUGCAUCAGUACAGCUGUUUGUGGGGUUGCGUGACAAAUCAGAGUGGGUUAAAAAUAAUCUGCCAAAGAAGCAGGGAUAGAAAUGGGAGGAGAGAGCGAGUCUUGAUUUAGAGGAUAAAUUUCCACACUGGGAGCUGGCUGGUUCCUGUAUGAUCCCAGCUGGUGAAAAAGCAAAAGUGUUUUUAAAAUGACAUUGCCACUUUCUUCCCAUCAUCCCAGUUCUGCCUCAAGAAGGAGGAAGAAGUGGCUGUGAAAGCUGCCUAUUGCCUUUCCAGUCCUUGCUUCCAGGUUUUCUACUCAAUUGUGUUGUAGCCCCAGAACCUAUCCACUUUGCCAGGAGUGUCAACAGGGAGUAGAGGUAUGUCCAAAUGAGGCAAAAAUUAAGUUGGUGGCAUUCAGGAAAAAGAGCAGAUGGGUGGUGCUAAAAGCGUGCCUUGUAAGUCCUUGUCACUUCUUAUCUGAACUCUCAGUGGUGUCUCUGCUGACCUUUUUUUCCCAACCUCUGCUUUCAGCUGUUCUCAGGCAUCCCUGUUUGGCUUAAUGGGAUUGUUCCACCACAGCAUGAGUAUUGGCUUCUGUAGAGUAACAUGUAUUUUCCUGUUUUAAGGUCUCAUUAGUAGGCUUGCUGUUUUUACAGCCAAGAUGUCUUGAUGUUUGAUUUUGUCAAAUUCAUUAGCUAAUUAGAAUCUAACAUGGUUGGCUUGAGAUGCUCAAGGAAAAUCAGCAGCUUCUAAGAAACUGGUGUCUUUGACUCAAUCUGCUGUGCUUCUUGGAUCUGGUGUUGAACCAGUGUUCUCGAAAUAGUGCUGGGCUACACUGCUGACUGUCCAGCUGAUACCUAACGGAGUCAUUCAUUCUUACUGGAACUGCAUUCAUCCUGAGGCUUAAGUUGUUAUUGUGUCCUAGGUAGACUCCCCUCUGAGCAAAUCGAUGCACCAUACCUUUAAAUUUCGUCUUGUCUAGUAAACAAAAAUCUUACAACAUCUUGUGUAAUCUUGUCCUCCUGGACAAGUUGCUACAUUCCAUCCCAUAAGUGUACUUCAAGACAGAUGAAGUUGCUUAUGUGAAUGGUGCCUAGGAUCUUCUCCCGUAUAAACUACAUGGAAGUCAUAGCUCUGUAGUUUUUCUGAGGGAAAAGAUGAUAGCAUACUGGAUACCAUCUAUUCCAUUUCUUGGGGUUUGGUCUUUACAGGGUAGCAGAUGCAGGUGCUUACUACUAUAUCAUUGUGUUGGUUGAAAUCUUCUUUUAUAGGAUUUAUAUUUUCUAGACACCAAGUGUCAUUGCAGUUCAAUGCAGUUCAGUUGUUCAUGAGUUGAAAUGCAUUUAUAGGUAUCUCCAAAUCUAGUUGUGUGUUACUGCUUUCACCACAGCACCUCCACAUUUCUAUGGGCUAUUUUAUACAUUGCUAUGUAAUGUGGAGAAAAAAAUGGUGCAGAUCAAAACAGGGACAUCUCUACAUGAAAAAACAGACUUGAGGCAGAGCAGCCAGUGAAACUGCACAGCCUUCCCUUGCCGUGUGCUGAGCACUCUGGGCACUGCAUGGGAAUAGUUCCACUGAUUGAACAGAAGUAAACUGAAAUGUGCACGUGCAUCAAAGUGCUUUUCUGCAAGAUCGGCUCAGAAGGGGCAGCAUCUGGCAAGAGCAAGCCUCUGUUAUAACACAUUUAACUGCCUCUGUGUAGGCCGAUAGGUUCCACUUCCAACCCUGAACAACUGCCCACUGCAAACUUCCUUCUCUAAGUCCUCAAGACCUAUGCAGCUGAGGUCAGAAAGUCUCCUGUGUACCCAUAUCUGUCUGCAGAACUCCCUGUCUGGAGCAUGGGGGGAUUCGUGCAGCUUUGGUGGACUGUGAGCUCAGGAAAUCCUCCUGCAGCAGUCCCACGGAUCCACAGUUUCUCUGCCAGUUCCCAUGCCACCUCGGCUGCCUGCCAGCAGCAGGGAGGUGGGCCCAGUUCCCAGGUGAUGUCCACCAGAGGGUCAGGCAGGCCAGUGGGGCCUGCUUUGCUGUGGGCUCUGCAGUAAUUUAUGUAUGGAAUAUAGAGGUUCUCAUGGCUCAGUGAGGGUUAAUGAAUAGCUUGGCUGUCCCACUGUCAGUGAGAUGUUAGCUUUUCCUCCAUCUGCUGCUUAUUCAGGAGAGCGAGCUAGCAGCAUCCCACGUGAGGGGAUUAUUCAAUGUAAUCAUGGAAGCCUGUGUUCUGUGUACUCCUGCUUUUGUUUCCUGUGAUGCAGCGCUUAAUAAAGCAGAAACUUUUGUCUUU